GAGAGUUGGAGCGAGACUGUACGUGGCUGCGCGGCUGUCCGUUAGACAAUGGCGACCCAAACCCCGGGAGCGGCUCCGAGCGGCGCGCUCAGCCGCAGGAAGAGCGGGGGACCCAGCUCCCCGUUCUGGGAGGGUCCGGAGACCGCGGCGCAGCUGGAGGCGGUCCGCUCCUGGAUCGGGAAACACUAUAAAAAGUAUGUUCAGGCUGAUGCUCCGUCCACCAAGUCUCUGGCAGGGCUGGUGGUUCAGCUGCUGCAGUUUCAGGAGGACGCCUUCGGCCGCAGAGCGACCAGCCCAGACCUCACCAAACUACCCGCGAAAUGUUUCUUUGAUAUGAAGCCUGGUGGUGCUCUGUGUCACAUCCUCGGAUCUGUGUACAAGUUUAAGACUGAGCAAGGCUGGCGCCGCUUUGACCUGCAGAAUCCGUCCAGAGUCGACCGUAACGUGGAGAUGUUCGUCAGUGUGGAGAAAACCCUGAAACAGAAUAACCUGCUGAGCAGGCCUGUGGUUUACCUGUCUCCUGAUCUGGAUCAGAAACAGGCGAGCAAACUGGAGGAUAUCAUCACACGGCAUCAGGGUUCAGUCACAGAAGACCGGUUGCAGGCCACGCACCACAUCUACCCCUCCCCCUCCUCAGCAGAUGAAGAAGAGUGGUUCAGACCCGUCAUGCGGGUCGAUCAAGAUGUGAUGGUGCACUGGGGCAUGUACCCAGACAGUUAUGAUACGUUGGUUCCAGUCAGUGAUGUUGAUGCAGAAGUAGAGGAGCCCCCUACUCCAGAUCGACCCUGGAAGGUUCAUGUGAAGUGGGUUCUGGACACAGACAUGUUUAAUGAGUGGAUGAAUGAGGAAGACUAUGAGGUGGACGACAGUAAACGUAGCGUGAGCUACCGGCGCCGCGUUUACCCACGAGACGAGGAGGAACAAAAGGUGUCCGGUAAGAAAAGGAGACGCUCCCCCUCUCCGUCUUCAUCUGAGCCCAGGAAGAAAGGAGGAAAGAAAGGUUCAGGGUCGUAUAAGAGGCGUGGCCAGCAGGAGGAGGAGCCAGAGGAGGACCUGACUAAGGACAUGGAGGACCCAACACCUGUACCCAACAUGGAGGAGGUCAUACUACCCAAAAACGUAAACCUGAAGAAGGACAGUGAGAACACGCCCGUGAAAGGAGGAACCAUGGCUGACCUGGAUGAUCAGGAGGACGAGUUCAUGUCUGGAGUCCGGGACGAGGAGGAUCAGGGUCGGGAGUUUGGUCGUGGCUUGGACAGUGAGGAAAGCGCUACAGAGCAGACUCACCACAUCAUCAUACCCAGCUACACCUCCUGGUUCGACUAUAACUGUAUUCAUCGAAUAGAGAGGAGAGCGCUGCCUGAGUUUUUCAACGGGAAGAACAAAUCCAAAUCACCAGAGAUAUUUCUGGCGUAUCGUAACUUCAUGAUUGAUACGUAUCGGCUGAACCCUCAGGAGUACCUGACCUCCACUUCCUGCAGACGCAACCUGACCGGAGACGUGUGCGCCCUCAUCAGGGUUCACGCGUUUCUGGAGCAGUGGGGUCUGAUUAAUUACCAGGUGGAUGCGGAGAGCAGACCCCUGCCUAUGGGUCCUCCACCAACCCCACACUUCAACGUCCUCACAGACUCUCCAUCAGCCCUCGUCCCUCUGCAGCACAGACCCUUACAGGUUUCAGCCUCUCAGCAUAUGCUCCAUUUCCCCGAGAAGAGCAGAGACAAGCCUUCAGAUCUGCAGAACUUCGGACUGAGAACAGAUAUUUACGCCAGGAAACAUCCUAAGACCAAAGGCGCGAGUGCAGGGCGCGAGUGGACCGAACAAGAGACGCUGUUACUCCUGGAGGCGUUGGAGAUGUAUAAAGAUGACUGGAAUAAAGUGUCGGAGCACGUAGGCAGCAGAACGCAGGACGAGUGUAUCCUGCACUUCCUGCGGUUGCCUAUAGAGGACCCGUACCUGGAGAACUCUGAGGCCUCGUUAGGACCCCUGGCCUACCAGCCUGUUCCUUUCAGCCAAUCAGGAAACCCCGUUAUGAGCACGGUGGCCUUUCUCGCGUCUGUGGUGGAUCCCAGAGUCGCCUCUGCUGCUGCCAAAGCUGCCCUGGAGGAGUUCUCCCGGGUCAGAGAGGAAGCCCCUCCUGAACUCUUCAACCCAAAAGCCCCAGAACCGGGGCGGAGUCUCCCUCGGCUCGACCCUCCGUUUGGGCUGCAGUCCAGUAACGUCUCCGGACCUGAUUCUGAUCCACUGGAGAAGAGUGAUGGAGCCGGAAUUGAAAAAUUGGAGUUUGAUUCUGACCAACAUGAGAAGACUGGAGGAGAGAAUGUGGCGGGAGAGGGGGAGCGAGUGAAGAACGAGGACAGAGACGAGAGUGAAGGAGAGAAAGGAGAAGAGAGCGCAGCAGGGGAAGCGAUGGAAGUUGGCCACGCUCAAGGAGAAGUAGUAGUAGAAGAAGAUAGAAGAAAGGGGGCGGAGCUUGAGUUGGUCGAAUCGAAUAUAUCAUCAGCAGCCGCUGCUGCGUUGGCCUCUGCUGCCACCAAAGCCAAGCACUUGGCUGCAGUUGAGGAGAGGAAGAUCAAAUCUCUGGUGGCUCUGCUGGUUGAAACUCAGAUGAAGAAGCUGGAGAUCAAACUAAGGCACUUUGAGGAGCUGGAGACCAUCAUGGACCGAGAAAAAGAGGCGCUGGAACAGCAGAGGCAGCAGCUGCUCUCUGAGAGGCAGAACUUCCACCUGGAGCAGGUAAAAUACGCUGAGAUAAAGGCCAGACAGCACAUCGAACAGCAGCAGCAGCAGGCUGGAGCCUCGCAGAGCGGCGGAGCAGCUUAUAACCCUGCACACCACGGUCGAGCCAUCGGCGGUGGAGGAGCCGGGCAGAUGAUGGGCACUCGGCAUGCUGGGGCUCCUAAUGGCAUGUAUCCAACUCCACCUUCCUCACAGUCUGAGGGGACCACGCCCAUCUCCCGCCCUCCAGCCGAAAGCUGAACAACCAAUCAGCUUUCAGAUAUAACCCAACCAUAAGCAGUUAACUCCGCCUCCAGUCAGAUCUCACACAGUACAGUCCAUCAGACUUCAGUCCUUUUAAAGACAGCACUGCCAUUUCGGCUCAUCGUUUAUCCUUCAGUUCUCAUCAUGUAACGAACGUGUGCAGACUUCAGUCGUUUGUAAGCGUUACUUUGUGCUAAAUUGGGGUAAAAAGUAAGAUUUGUGGCUUUUCCUUCGCUGUUUGUCUGCACUUGAUGUUUGUAGCUUGUUUUUGUAUUGAAUCUGAACUAGCACUCAUGUAAUAAUGGGAAAAAACAAGGCUAAAUAAAUUUUUUAUUAAAUGUA